CUAACGAGCCAAACACUCGUACUGGUGGAUGGUGCAUCGUACGAGGGGAGUUGUGUGAUUACUGAUCUCUUGUUUGCGCUUUUGUGUGUGCCCUGCUGCCAGCCCUUGUCCAGCUUGUCCUGGACACCCACUCACACGUCGCAUCCGCGGACGGUGAAGACGGUGAACGUGUGAACUAGAACAAAACCGCAAAUCGAACCUAAAACCAGUGCUGCUGGUAGUGCGUACGUUGGCUGGACUGAGGCCUCAGCCGCAGGCUCAGCCGUUUUUUUUUGCGGAGAAAUUCCGGAAUAACAACCUUCGCGCGCAUGUAAAGAGAUACAUGUACAAGCAGUGUGGUCAACGUGUGUUUUUUUUUUCUUCGUCUGUUAAAGACCCCGCGGUAUCCACAGGCGGCUGCUUUUGGAGUAAAAGCGCCAAGAAAGCGAAAGAAAGCCUAACCAUCGAUGCAUAUUAAUAUACGUACACACACGCCUUUCUAGUCAAAGUAGUCCACGUUAAGCGUUGUUGUUGUUGCUGGUUUGGUGUCUUAGCUAGCAGAGGACUGCUUAGCUUCGAAACCGACCGAAAACCAAAACGCCUGCGAAAGUUGGAACGCCAACUCCGGAGGAGACCAACAACACGAAGCAAUAGAGAGCGGGGAAAACCAAACGUUGCAUAAAUCAUAAACACCAGCCAUGUUUAACUUUAUGAAGAAAGGGGUCGCUGGAGUGGCAGGUGGUGGAGGCGGAGGAAAUAGUGGAAGCAACAGUGCGGGGAACGGGGGUGCGGGAGCGGCUGGUACAGUUGCUUCCGGCGGGAUGUCUGUGCUAGGUGCCCUGUCCGGGCUGGAUGAUCGCGACGAUAAGGAUCGCCGGAAGAAGGAGAAAAAACUCCGGAAGGAGGGGAAACAGUUGCUGCUUGGGGUGGGCGGCGGUGUAUCCGGCGGUGGACAUUCGAGCAGUAUGAGUGCGGAAGAAUUGCUACGAUUGGAUGAGGUGCGUCGAUCGCUCAAAAUACGUGGCCGGCGGAAAGAGAAGGAAAAGCUCCCGAGCGGCAUUACGGCCGAUUAUAGUGCAUCGUUUUUCGCCCAGCUAGAUGUGGACCAUCGUGAGCUGGAUCGUGGUACGGAGGAAGUGCUAGCGGUGGCCAACACUACAACCUAUAUCGAUCGUAACGGGGAAAUGGUUGAGCGUGUUUCGUUUAGCAGUACUACGACCACCCUCCAGCCGACCUCCCCAUCUUACGGGUCUGGGGAUAGUGGUGGUGGUGGUGGUGGUAGUGGUAGCGGCGGUUCACAACCACACACACCCGGUGGCACCAAAACGAACCUUCCUCCUAUACCACCCCGACCACCCAAGCGUGGCAUCCUGAAAGGAUCACGAUCGAGUCUUACCGGCGUUACGGCGGAUAGCGGGACCGUGUCGUCUCAAUCGUCCGCUGCCAUGUUGCAGCUGCUGGCAUCACCUUCCCCGAGUGCCGAUAGCCUGACCGAUACAACGACAACCACCACCAACUCAUCCUUCGCUACACCGCCCUUUUCCCUCAGCCCGGUUGGCGAAUCGCAAGGGUACGAGGGACGGAUCGGGCGUGUCCAUCCGUUCGACGAACGUGUCACAGCGAACGGGAGUGUUACGCUGGCCCUUCCCCCCAUUCAACUUCAACCCUUACCACCGCCACGCGACCUCGUGAUCCAGCGACAGCGAGGCCCGAGGAAUGAUUUCGGUUUCAGCCUCCGGAAAGCGUUCGUGCUCGAUCGACCAACCGCGGGUGGAAUGUCGCUACUAUCGCGUCCCAGUCCGGCACAGAUGCGUGCGAUCAUUUUCGCAGAACCAAGCUCUACCGGGGCGGUUCGAACGGGGCUGCUACCGGGUGAUCGGUUGCUGCGCGUUAACGGACAACCGGUGGAGGAUCGGAGCCGCGAAACGAUUAUCGAAAUGAUACGAAACAGUGGUGAAUCGGUGAUGGUACAGGUGCAACCGAUAGCGGAACUUAUCGAACUGUCCCGACGGUGUGUGAGUGUCCCGACGCCGAACAGUGCCCCGGCAGACGAUUGUAACACACUGAAGCGCAGUGCUAGCAGACGCUUUCAGAAGGCACAAACAGCCGGUAGUGGGGUGGGGGAUUCGGGUGGCCGGUCGGAACUCGAACCGCCCAGUACGGUCGGUGGUCGUGUGUGGUUGAUUCAUCGGGGUGGGUUUACGGCGGCCUAUAAGCAACAGCUGUCCCCAUCGACGGUCGCAAUGCCUUCCUCGCAUCAUCAGGCCGGGAAAGUUUGGAUUCGGCUGGAAGCGACCGGUGAGGAGUUGCUCAUCGAUGAGGAUGAUCUGGAGGUUGCUAACCCGACCCCGCUCGACCUCGUGGAAGACAUCUGUCAGCUGCCUCACCUGAACGAAUCGUCCGUCCUGCAUGUGCUGCGACAGCGCUUCGCAAACAACCUUAUUCACACGCGCGCCGGCCCGGUGCUGCUGAUCGUCAAUCCGAUGGCCCCACUAGCGCUCUACUCCGAGAAGGUAGCAUCGAUGUUCCGCGGGUGCAAAGCCGAGGACGAUAUGCCGCCCCAUAUCUUCGCCCAAGCACAAACCGCUUACCGGGCAAUGCUCGAGACGCGGCGCGAUCAAAGUCUUAUCUUCAUGGGCCGUUCCGGUGCUGGCAAAACCACCAGCUUUAAGCACGCACUUUACUACCUAACGCUGGCAAGCCGCCAGGAGGCACAGCCAACGGUGCGGGCACUUACCGUCGAGAAGGUGAGUGCGAUCGGCACCAUUAUGGACGCGUUUGGCAACGAACGAACGGCGCUGAAUGGAAAUGCGACCAAAUUUACGCAAAUUUUCGCCCUCGACUUUGACCACAGUGGACAGAUAGUGUCGGGCUCGAUACAGAUAAUGCCGAUCGAUCGGAUGCGCCCAUCGGGCGGCUCGAACCGUGGUCGAGCAGGGGUCCCACGGUGGAGCUUUCUCGCUGGCGUCGAUGGUGGUGCACUAAGAAAGGAGCUGCUGCUGGAACCGGCCGCCGGAGAAUCGUCCGCCGCGAACAGUGCGUCGCUCGAGCAGGAAUCAAUCGACUAUCAACGGCUUUGCCAAGCGUUCCGUGUGCUUAACAUUGAUCAAGCGGCUGUACGAGGCAUCUGGUACGUGCUGGCCGCCAUUCACCAUCUAUCCCAGUCGGGUGCGGUGGUCAUGGCCGGCCGGGUCCAAUUUGUGAACCCACGGGCAGCACAGAAAGCCGCCAUGUUGCUUGGCAUUCCGGUGGAAGAUUUACUGUCGUACGUGUUCCCGGAGAGUGGAUCGGGUGGCGUAUCGAAAUCGACCCUAACCGCGGCCACCGUGGCGGAGUGUUUGUCCGCUUUCAUCGAAGCGCUUUACACCGAGCUGUUCUACACGAUUGUGGGUUUGAUUAACAAAUCGAUUGCUGCCGUUACGCCGCAUCAAACGAUCGGGUCGGUGCUGCUGGUGGAUGUGCCCGGGUUUCAGAAUCCGGCCAGCGUUGGUGGAGGAACGGCAGCCAGUACGCUUGCCGAUUUGCGGUUUAACUAUCUGCACGAGCGGUUACAGCUGCUGUUCAACAAUGCCAUGUUGGUGCAACCGCGGGCUCGAUACGCCCAGGAAAUGGUUAUGGUGGAGGACUCGCUGGCGCUGAUGGCUUCGGACACGGGUACGGGUGGUGGUGGUGCAGGUGCUGGUAGCGGCGGUGGACACAGUAGUCCAGCAGCAAUGGUGGCGCUGCUCGACAAAGUUCCCCAGAGCCAUGAACCGCGGAAAGGUUUGCUGUGGAUGUUGGACGAAGAGCAGCUGCUAAACCCACCGCCGAUAGUGUCCAACAAAGGCGAAGGCGCUACAGCGGAUGAUUUCGAUGAUGAGAGCGGUACGGGUGGAGCAGGCGCAAGCGAUGAACGUGACGGACGGUUCCUGGAACGCCUGUUCGCAGCGUACGGUGAUCGCGAGAGCCGUGAAACGUUACUGCUGCGUGCUAGCGUCCCAACCGGCUCGUGUGACGUUGUGCUGCAACAUCUUCUCGGUACGAAUCCGGUCCUUUACUCCAUCACCAGCUGGCUGAAGGAAGCGGCCGCUCAAGCUCAUUACAUGCCUCAGCGAGCCCUGAACUGUUUGCGGGACAGUGUGAAACCCGAAAUCAAUGGCCUCUUUGUGGGAACGCUCGGCGGAGCGAUGGAUUCACUCGCCUUCGGUGGUGGUGGAUCCUCGCAGCAACUUCAGCAACAAUCGCUUCGACGUAUGAGCAGCAUCCGACGUACGUACACCGGCACCGGCUUCCCAAAGCGAAACAGCGUAAUCGUGCAGGUGAAAUACACGGUGGAUUGUCUUAUCGAUACGCUGCGACGAACGGGCAUGCACUUUGUGUACUGCUAUCUGCCACAGCACAACGGUGGCACGGCCAUGAUGGCCACCGGAACUGGUGGUGGGUUGGAGCAGCAGCAGCAGCAACAUCAAUCAUCGCCGGCUGAAAUCGGUGCCGGUGGCAGACAGCGGGAGGACGAUAUUAUCAACAUUCCAUUGCUCCGCAGUCAGCUCCGUGGUUCGCAGAUGCUCGACUUUGCCCGCCUUUAUCGGUUAGGGUUCCCCAUCAGUGUGCCCUUGGCGGAGUUUGUUAUACGGUUUGGGCUACUGGCGGAGGGCGGCACGACGACAGGCACGGGUGCGAAUGCGAACGGUGAGGCGGCAAUGGUCGAUAGCAUCCUGAACAACUGCGAGGUCGAUUCGUCCGUGUAUCGCAUCGGAACGAGCCAGGUAUUCUUCCGCUCCGGUGUGCUGGGCGCGUUGGAAGCAAAACGCGACGAUCUGCUCUCGGAUCGGGUCAUACAGCUGCAAGCCCACUGCCGGGGGUAUCUGGCACGGAGGCGUCUCGCUCGCCGCCGACUACAGGAGCUCGCAGUCAAAUGCAUCCAGCGCAAUGUUCGUGCCUUCCUGAAGGUACGCGAUUGGCCCUGGUGGCGGCUGCUCGUACGCGUCACACCGCUGCUUGCCGUCCACCGGACGGAGGAGCAGCUGAAGGCGGCCACAGUCGAGCUGCAGCAGGUGCGGGCGAAGCUGGAAAAGAUCGAGGCGGAGCGGAACGAGCUGAAGGCGACCAACCACAAGCUGGAGGCACGGCUAAGCGACAUUACAUCCGAGCUAACCGAGGAACAUUCGUCGUCGAACCUGAUCACGGAGCGUCUCGCGGCGGAAACGUCCGAACGAUUGCGCCUCGAGAAGGAAGUAAAGGACUAUGAAUCCAAGUACCGCAAUCUGCAGGAAUCGUCCGAAAAAAUGGAGAUGGAACUGUUGUGUGCCAAGUCGGAACUAAACUGCGACUUUGACGACUGCAGUACGCUUGGCGAUUACGACGGCGAUGGUACGGAUCGGGACGGUCUAGCUCUCGGUGGAGUGGAUGGUGAGGUGGCCAAAAGUUACCGGUUGCGCUACGAACGAGUCGCACGUGAGUUGGAGUUUACCAAGAAGCGCCUGCAGACCCAGCACGAGCACGAUCUGGAGCAGCUUGUUGGGCUGAAGAAGCAGCUCGAGAAGAAGCUAUCCGAUGCGUACGAGGAGGUGGAAGAGCAGCGCCAGGUGGUGGCACAAUGGAAACGCAAAGCGCAGAAAAUGACCAACGAAAUGAACGAUCUGCGCAUGCUGUACGAGGAACAGAACAGCCGUAACAAUCUGCUGGAAAAGCGACAGCGCAAGUUCGAUGCCGAAUGUCAAACGCUGCAGGACAGUGCUCGGCAGGAGAAGCAAGCAAAGGAGCGCAUCACCCGCGAGAAGGAUGUGCUGAUGGCGGAAAAGUGUAAGCUCGAGCAAACCGUGUCCGACAUUCGGUUGGAGCUGGAACUGAAGGAGGAGAAGAAUGCGGCACUGCAGCAAGAGCUCGAUGAGAUGGCGUUUGGCGGUGGCACUGAGGAAGAAAUUGCACAGCUGAAACGGCAGAAGAUGGAGCUGGAUCGGCGAUGUAAGGAGCAGGACGAGGAGCUGGACGAGAUGGCUGGGCAAAUUCAGCUGCUGGAGCAGGCCAAGUUGCGGCUGGAGAUGUCACUCGAGACGAGUCGUAAGGAGGCACGCAAGGAAGCUCAGCAGCGCGACGACGAGAUGGAAGAGAUUCGUGGUGCUUCGUACAAGAAGAUCAAAUCUUUGGAGUGUCAGCUGGAGCAAGAGCACGAAGAGCGUACCCAGCUGCUCCGUGACAAGCAUGAGCUGGAGCGGAAACUUGCCAGCCUCGAGGAUCAGGACCGAGCAGAACGAGCAGCGGAAGAAGCGAUGGUGCAGCGGCUAAAGCGAGAUGCCCGCAAGUAUCGCGCCCUGCUGCGGGACGCUCAAAGCCAGCUGGAUCGGGCGAAGGGAGACUCGGCGAGCAAAGCACUCGUCCGACAGUUGCGCAAUCAGCUAGAGGAUGCCGAAUCGGCACGAGUCGGUGCGCUUAAAGCUCGCCAAGUGCUAGAAGGCGAGCUCCAGGAUGCACAAAUGCUGCUCGAAGAAACGCAACGGGCACGCAACGAGGCGGAGGAUAAGGCCACAAUGGCACAGCGCGACCGCACGGAACUGCAGGCCCAGAUAGACGAAAACGAAGAGGAGAUGGCGGAGCUGAUGAAGAAGUACAGUGCCACGGUGAAACAGCUUUCCAGCGAGCAGUCGCUAAUCGCGGAGUUCGAGCUGCGCGUGUCCGAACUGGAGGGUGAGAAGAAGUCGCUCAAGGAGCAGGUCGUCGAGCUGGCGACCCGGCUUGAGAGUGUGGAAACCAUUGGCGAACCAUCGAACAGUAUGGCGUUCAAGCGGCUGGAGCUGCGCACCAAAGAGCUGGAGUCGCGUCUCGAGUUCGAGCAGGCGACCCGGGCCCGCAUCGAGAUACAGCUGAACCGGCACAAGGAUUCGCUGGAAAAGUUGCAGGGCGAGUUGAUGCAAGCGCGCAACCGGGAGUCGCAGGCCCAGGACGCGCUGAAAAAGGCACAGAAAACGAUACGCGAGCUGAGGGACGAGCUGUCGACGCUAGCCAACCGUGAUCAGGAGGGACUGCUGAAGCGGAAGGAGCUCGAGAAGCGUAUCGAGACGGCCGAAUCGGAGACUGCGUCGGCGAGGGCGGAUCUGCGGCUGGCGCUACAGCGAAUAGCGGAUCUGCAGCAGGCGAUGGAAGAGGAAGGAGACUCAUACCAAUCGGACAGCGAUACGACCGAUAGUUCGUCGUCGAUGGAUUCAUUCCACGAGUCGACUGUAACACGCAAAUCACCGAGCGUCGGAAGUGGAGACCAUUUCGGCACAGUGAAUGGGGGCAGCAGCCGGGGAAGUAUCGGUAGUUUGGCCAGCAGUACGCGGGAUGGGCGUAAGGAAAGCAAUAAUCCAAGGAUUCGACCAAGUUUGAUCGGUAGUGUGCGACGUAAGAAACGCCUGCCACCGACGAUCAAAGAGGAAGACGAAAGUUAUUUGGCGGACGAUCAAACAACUACCACUGGAACAAGCUUACCGAAGAGCCAAACGCCGGAUCUCUUAUCAUCGUUGGCAAACGGUCAGACCACCAAUAAUGCCACCCAAAGCGCCAACAGCCCAGACACCGAGCAUGGCGAAUCUGUGGCAGCUGCCUGUCGCAGGAUGAGUGAAUCGAGCAUGAUGCUACGCGAGGAACCAACUCCCGUAGCGCAAGAGCAGUCCUGCUCAGCUCCACCUGCUGGCUCGAACGGCAGCAGCAGCGAGCAGUGUGAAUUUCCCUUCGAUAUCGACACGCUGAAAUCGAUCAAGGAGAAGAUACACUCGCUGAAUCAGAUCAUACGCGACGAGUCGCACGACACGAGCUCGGAGAUCGAUCUGGUGGAUCUGAAGAACCUGAAGAACCAAAUACACGAGUUUAAGAAGGCGAUCGAAUGUAGCCGUUCGCGCUCGAUGGAUAAGCUGAUCAAUAAUGGGGGAAGUGCGCUUUCGGCUGGCAUUAUCACCACCUCGGCAUCUACGGGAGCAGCCAGCAGCACCAAACCGCUCUAGAUGUGGGGGCGAGUAGGCGCUAGCCAUCCAUGACUGCCUAGGACUGCCGGAGUAGCAGAUACAGAAUAGUGCAUUUUUACUCGACGCAUUUUUUUGAACGCUACACACUAUUAAAAGGGACCAAUUGGAGAACGUUGAGUUGGAAAAUUUGCACUACCACGAGUUCGCCUACAAUGACAACAACGCAAAAUAAUCACACUAACAAUGGCUACUGGUUCCGAUGGCAGUCAAUCGGCAGCAGCGACCACGACGACACCGGCCACAGCGACGAGACUAAGCAACGGCAAUGGCGGCGAAGGCACACUGGACGAUUCGUCCUUUGCUUGAGCGCUAUCGUUUCCCUGUGUGUGCUUGUGCAAUAGUGGUGGCCGACACCCCCCUCCCCCCCCCCCUCCCCGACUCCUUUCCCGUUUUGUUUUUCCGCCCUCCUCCCGUAGUAAUCCUUUUUGCCAUAUUAACCACGAAAGAGAAAGGAGAAAGUUUAAGCAACCAAUCGCGUAUAUAUAGACAUAAUAUAUAUUAUCAUCCAUAAUUCAGCGCCCGAUUUGGUCCGAUCGAAUCCGAUGGGGAUUCUCCCACGUUACUAACACUUAUCCUACUUUUUAAUCGAACAAAACCAAAUUUACUCAAUUCGAGACACUCGCUCGCUCGCUUCCCCAACAACUAACUUCCACCCGGGAUGCACAGUAAUCGAAUCGGAUUGGCCAGCGUUAGUCUGUUAGUGAGGAGGACAAGUAAGAAAAGGGAAACACAAGUGUCUAUACAAGCGUACAUAUUUAUAUACAUACAUAUACAUUUCUAAUGUGCUUAUAGUGUAGCGGUAGCAAUAUUGAGAUUGAGGGUGGUAAAGUGUGAAAAACUCGUAAUCCGUAUUUAUUCAUGCUUUUGUGGCAUCGCAAGCGGCAAGGAUUUGAAGAUGAAGCUUCUGCUAAGUAAAUUACGAUCACCACAAAGACACACACACACACAUUGGAAUGUUUACCGAACAAUUUUCCCGUUUUCCUUUCGUACUCGUGUGCGUCUCUGUGUGGGUUAGGUUUUUAACCAUUUACCAUUUCUUCUUCCACGAAAGCAUAUCCUUAGGUAGGGUGGACGUAUUAAAGUGUGUUUUUUUCUUCUCUCUCUCUCUCUCUCUCUCUCUCUGCUGUACCACGUGCUUGUGGUGUAUUGGGCACGUGCAUCGUGCAGAGUAAAAGCGAACAAAUCUUCCUUUUUUUUUAAACUAAACUCGAAUGUGUAAUUUGCGCUAGUGCAGAGAGAGAGAGAGAGAGAGAGAGAGGGAUGAACAAAGUGUCUCACACAAAUCGUAAUCGAACUGUACUGUGUUGUUUAUUCGCUGUUGUUUUGCUACUUAAACUAGGUUAGAAUGGUGUAGCUUUUAUUUCGAACAAUGCCCUCUCCCACCUCCCACUAUCCGUGUGUUAUCGUACGUUAAGAGGCGACUGGUUUUUUUUUGUGUCUAAGAGUCGCGUGCAGGAUCAUAUGGAGUUAAGGAAUUGCAACGAGGUAGGUGGGGGAGAAUGCCUUUUUUUGUGGCCGUUGCACAUACACUUAGGUACAUACACCGUUUAAAGCAUAUGAUAGAAGAACAAGAGAGCAACAACACAACCCCACACACACACACACACACAUUCGCAGGUGUUGCAAAGUAAACUUAAACCUAACUCUUUGAUACCACUUUAUAUCACUAUGAUAAUAAACACCGAAACGAAUAAGAAGAAAUAAUAGUAGUACACAUUUAACCUCCUCCUUCACUAUCCCUCUCCAUCUCUCUCUCUCUCUCUUUAGCCCAACGUAGUCAAAAGAAAAAGGCAAUUUUUAUCUUUAUUUUUAUUGCAAAUUUAUUAUUAUUUAUCGAAUUGUUAUAAUAAAAAAACUACUCCAAAAUA